AUGAUGGUCCAUUGCGCUGGCUGCGAAAGGCCCAUCUUGGACCGCUUUCUGCUCAAUGUGCUGGACCGGGCCUGGCAUGUCAAAUGUGUCCAAUGUUGUGACUGCAAAUGUAACCUCACCGAGAAGUGCUUCUCCAGGGAAGGCAAACUCUACUGCAAGACUGACUUCUUCAGGAGGUUUGGUACAAAGUGUGCAGGGUGCUCCCUAGGAAUCUCCCCCAGUGACCUAGUGAGGAAAGCCAGGAACAAAGUAUUCCAUUUGAAUUGUUUCACCUGUAUGGUCUGCAACAAGCAGCUCUCCACCGGGGAGGAACUCUACAUCAUAGACGAGAACAAAUUCGUCUGCAAAGAGGAUUAUGUCAGCACCAGCAGCCUGAAGGAGAGCAGCCUCAACUCAGUUUCUUCUUGUACAGACAGAAGUUUGUCUCCAGACGUUCAAGACCCCGUACAAGAUGAAAGUAAAGAGACAGAUCACUCUACAUCUUCAGAUAAAGAAACCACCAAUAAUGAGAACGAGGAGCAGAACUCUGGUACCAAAAGAAGAGGACCAAGGACCACCAUAAAAGCAAAGCAACUAGAGACCCUUAAGGCAGCUUUUGCAGCUACACCCAAACCCACAAGGCACAUUCGUGAGCAAUUAGCCCAAGAAACAGGACUCAAUAUGAGGGUGAUUCAGGUUUGGUUCCAAAACAGGAGAUCCAAGGAGAGAAGAAUGAAACAGUUGAGCGCUUUAGGUGCACGAAGGCAUGCGUUCUUCAGGAGCCCAAGGCGAAUGCGCCCAUUAGGAGGAAGGCUAGACGAGUCAGACAUUCUUGGAUCUGGCGCUUACAGCUACUAUGGAGAUUACCAAGGGGACUAUUAUGGAAGUGGAAAUUAUGACUUUUUCCCUCAUGGGCCUCCAUCCUCCCAGACACAAUCUCCAGCAGAUUCCAGCUACCUACAGAAUUCAGGGCCUGGUUCCACUCCUCUUGGCCCUCUUGAACCACCACUAGCUGGUCACCACCCUUCAGAAAACCAAAGAUAUGCGGACAUGAUAUCUCACCCAGAUACACCCAGUCCAGAGCCUGGCAUGACUGGGUCGCUGCAUCCCAUUUCUGGAGAAGUCUUCAGCAGUGGUCCAAGUCCUCCAUUUUCUAUGUCUAGCAAUAGUGGCUUUAGUGGUCCUUUACCCCAUCAGAACCCUGACAUUAAUGAGGGCACAGUAUGGUAA